AUGUGUCAACAUCGAUCCCGCCUCGUCCUCCAUCGGCUUUCGCGCACUGUUGGUAUACACGUAAGCAGGUCAGACCUUUUGGUCGCGACUAGGUCAAUAGGCGAAGGCCACAGAAUAUUGGCAUUCACUGUCGGCUCAGCUAUAUGGUUCCCAACCCAACACCACACUGAAACGCACGCGCACAAAGUCGAGAUAGGCAAAUUGUUGGUCGCCGAAAGCGAUAGAGGCCGUGGAUUGGGCAGGAAGCUCAUGAACGUGGCAGAGAGUUUUGCACAAGACAACUUGGCUAAGAACAUGGUGUUGCUAGAUACAGCAACAGAAAGCCCCGCGCGGGAGUUCUACUUGAAGCUUGGAUACACAGAAUGGGGGAUCUGUCCACAAUAUGCUGCGAGCGCUGAUGGGCAUAUACACGAAAGCUCGUUUUUCUACAAGUAUCUUAGCAUACUUGAAAGGGAUAAGCAGCGAGUAUAUGCCGUGGCGUCAUAG